AUGGAGAAAAUCAUUGUGAUUCUUGUGACCAUUGUUGCAACCCUAAUCACUGUAGCAUCAGCACUACCCGGGACCGCUACCAUGUAUACCAAAUACGUUCCAUCGGCAUGUUUUGGUACGGAGCCUAAGGGAGAUCUGGUGGCGAGAGUGAAUGAUGCACUUUGGCAAAAUUACACUAAUUGUGAUACAAUGAUCAAAGUAACAUGUACAGGAUCUAAGUUUGGAAAUCCAUGUACGAAUCAAAGUGUAGCGGUUAAGGUGGUGGAUCAUUGUGUUGGUCCAAAAUGUCCAACUCUUGUCCUCUCUAAACAAGCUUUCACUCAAAUUGCUAAUCCUGCUGCUCCAAUGAUUCAGAUUGACUACCGUCAGUUGUCAUGGUACAAUGACAUAUUAAUCAUAAACAUUCGUCACUCACCCUCAAUCAAGUUUUAG